AUGGGAAAUGUGUCGAGAGCAGUUGGUUGUGCUGUAGGAAUUCCUUGUGGUGUUGGUGUCAUACUGGCGCUAAUACUAUGGGCAAGAUUACAAAGAAGAUUUAGAAAGGAAGAAAUAAAAGAUAAAGACCUUGAAAAUGAAAUCUAUAAUGAAGACUCACUAAUUAAUAUCAAUAAUAUAAAUACGUGGAAAGUUGAUUACCUAGAAACUACAAAUAAGACAAGCAAUUCGGUAGACUCUUCGGAAGAUUCUGUCUCUGAUGAAAAGAAAGGUGUAGAAAAUAUAGCAAUGAGUUCAUAUGUUCCUGCGUAUCGUAAAAACAUUCAAACUUUCCAUUUAAAUGGUGCAAAACAUUAUUAUAAACCUAUAGAUUCAAACCCAAGAGAGCUUCAUAAUAACGAUGCAGAUAGCCACCCGGAACAUGGCAGAAAAUUGAGUGUAUAUGAUCAAAUGGUACCGAUAAUAUCAGAUAAGUUGUACGACAGUUAUUCAGAAAAUACAAUAAUAAUUACACAUGACAACCAAUCAAAUAUAUCGGGUCAGACAAAAGAGGGUCUUAUUAAGAAUUUAUAUAGCCAAGACUUUGGUUCAUACUAUCCUCGUAAGUCUACGACGUCACUGACGGCAAAGACAAAUACUAUUUUUCCAUCAUCGAAUGUUUCAACUACUACAAUAGAAAGUACAUCAGUUGAUCCAGCAUUAGUCCCAUCAAUAAUAAGCCAACUGAAGGCUGCAAAUAAUGACAAUCAAGCAUCUCUAAUACAAGAGGAGGACCAAUAUGAAAACGAAUUUACCAAUUAUGCAGAAAAUAAAAGAGAAUUUAUUAGAAAUUUAACACCAAAAGUGGAUUGA